AGCUGUAUUGCCCGAAUACCUGAACAUUUCAAUAGAGCCAUCACUCCCUCGUAGCCUCCAGCAAAAUCUCUCCACCUCCUCUUGCAAUUAAAAGAAAGGGACCGUUUUUCAAUAGCUCCCAAUGGCGAACUGCUCCCUCCUCCUAAGUCUUCUCACCUUGGCUCUCCUUUAUCAUGGAGCUAGCACCUCACAAGAAGAUGCUUGCCAGUCAACAUUCGAUUUCAAUGUCUUCCAUUACUACACAUCAGUGCCUCACAGACAGAAACUACACCCAAUCCUCAUGAAGAGUGGCCCUCAACUCAGCGGCAGGGAUCCCAACGAGCCUAGCUUUGAGUUUACCGGAGGCUCUGGUCUUAUUGUCAACGACACAAAAUUAAUUAAUAAAAUGUCUUCGUUGUUGUGCUCGGCGAAUGAACUUGCUGUGUAUAGCUCGGUGUUUUUCAAAAACGAUCAAAGUGGUGGUACUUCACUUGAGUUGUAUCAUGUGAACGAGACCUUUUUGGGAUUGUCAGUCUGUCGCAUCUCCAAUGUGAUACAUGUCGCUUACCGACAUGGCAGCCGACUUCGUUUUGAGACGUUUCCUUUUAAGUUUUCAAGCGGAAAGUGGUAUAAGCUGGCAGUAUUAUUUUCUGGUAAUAUGUUAACUGUCUUUGUUAACUGCUCUCUCUUGGAGAAGAGGAUUGUACCAAUGCCCGACUAUUGUCCUAGUCCUGAUAAACUUAGCCUCAUUACUGGCUCUGGCUGUCUCACUAAAGAGCUCUCUCCUUGUACAACUGGAUUCACCGGAUCAUUGCAAAGUGUAGAGUUGAAUAUAGGGAAGUCUGCUAGUGUUAAAGGAUGUACUGGAUUGAAUAAAUCAGCUCAGUGUCCUGUGUGUGGCUCAUUCCUCACUUUAUUAAAGAACCAUUACAAAUUGCAAGAGACACUCUCCUCAGUUCAGUCCUCACUGGACAAUUGUACCAAGACUCUAAACGCCAUCAAUUGUUCUAGCUCCACCCACUCAUCAACCUCAUGCAUUAUUCAUAAGAAGAAUUACCCCGACGGAGCCUUUGUAAGAAACUCAACCGGUCACAUCUGCUACUGCAGAGAUGGUGUCGCACAUUGCAUUGCUAAUUCUUCUAUUUCAAUGGUGGCCGAAGAAAGUCAGCAAACUAGAACUUUGACCCCGCCCACUUCUGCUCCAGCAGCCACUAAAACUUGCCUAGCUACUGAUACUUUUGGCCCUACAGUUACGCUAGCUCCUGGAGAAAGUAAAUAUUUCCCGUUGCCUAGUGAAAAUAAAUGUGGUAUCAUAACAUGUAAGAGUCUCAGUAGUAAAUUCAUAUUUAACAGUGUCGAAAAGAUAGAUUGUGAUAGUAAUGUCCCAUCCUCUAAUUGCAACAAUGAUGAUGAAAGCAAGCAGAAGCUUGCUGUCUGUUGUGGUCGCUGCACAGUAUGUGAAUCAGUUGCCAGAUGUCCAAUGAAUUCUUCCUGCGUUCCAAAAGGUGUUGAUUACGAUUGCGAAUGCAAUAAAGGUUUUGAAAUGACCAACUCCAACACGUCUUGUACAGAUAUUAAUGAGUGCAGUACUAAUACUCAUAACUGUCCUUCUGAUGCUUCUUGUAUCAAUUCUGUUGGUUCUUUCACUUGUAAGUGUCCAGCUGGUUUUGAACUAUCAGAAGAAGGCAAUAACACAUUGAAAUGUAUCGAUAUUGAUGAAUGCAAUGUUGUUGGAAUGGCUAGCUGUGAUGCUAACAGUAACUGUAUGAAUACUAGAGGAAGCUAUAACUGUCAAUGCAAGGAGGGUUAUACUAAAAAUGAAAAUGGACGCUGCAUAGCUUUCUGUGAAAGGAAGUGUCUGAAUGGUGGUGAAUGCAUAGCUCCAAAUACAUGCAGGUGCGUCCCUGGUUUUAAUGGCCAACAGUGUCAGAAUGACAUCAACGAGUGCUUGGGACAACACGAGUGCACCCACAAUAACUCAAAGUGUAUCAACACUCAUGGCGGAUACUUCUGCAAUUGCAAGGAAGGAUACCAAUGGAAGGAGUCUACUAGAGAAUGCAUUGAUGUGAAUGAGUGUGCUAGCGGUAUUCAUUAUUGUCCUGAGGGUAGUAGGUGUUUAAAUACGUUUGGCGGAUACCAGUGUCCUUGCAAAGGAGGGUCACAGUGCACCGGAUACUGUAAGAAUGACAAGGAUUAUAUAGCAGAAGGAGCUUCGAUAUCACUUGGAGUUGAUCAAUGCGAUAGCUGUGUUUGCAAGGAGAAUAGUUUAAUGUGUAAAAGGAAGGAGUGUAAAUGUGAUGACAGAGAUGUCUCUAAGGUCUGCUGUCCACAUUGUUUUGAAAAAGAUGUUUGUCACAUCGAUAAAGUUGCUGUUGAUGUUGAUGACUAUCUUGUUGAUCCUCAGAACAGAUGUAUCAGAAAGAAAUGUGUUAAGGACUCUCAUGGUCGCUUGAGCAUAUCAACAACAGAUCUAUCAGCUAGUUGUACUCCAGUCAGUGGGUGUCCUGCUAAUCAUACUUACAUACCUGAAGGUGGCUGUUGCCCUGUCUGUCAAUUGCCUUCAUGUACAGCUACAAACAGACCACCUGCUGUUACUCUGAACUGUGAAACUUGCACCUGUGAUGGUAGCUCUUGGUCCUGUACUAAGACUACAGAGUGUCCUUCUCACCAGCAGUUAGGCUGUUCAAAGGAUGAAUUAAUCAAACUACCAAACCAGUGCUGCCCUGUCUGCCAUCAAGAGAUCAUUGAUAAACUCACAUGCUCUUCUACUUAAUUAUUUUUACUUUAAAUCUCUUCUCCCUUUCUCAUUUUUAUAUUUUGUUACGAACCAUUCUCAUUUCAUAUUAUUAUUAUUAUUGUGAUUGAUUGCUACUUUCAUCAUAAAUAUCUGUAUGUGUAUAUCUAAUAAUCAUUAUUAUUAAUUGUUAUUAUUAUUAUUAUGUUUUUGUAUCUUUUGUCCUUUAUCCAAAAUAAUUGUAUGUUCAAAA